GACUACAGGAACAGUCAGGAUGCCUCUUGAAUGGGUGAUACCAUGGCUCAGCCUGUGUCUUGGACUGUCAGGCGCCACCAACAAUCUGACAGGGACUGAAAUGCCAGUAAUUACAGAAGUGAGACAUUCUGACAACAACCAGUUCUGCAGCACAUGGGGAAACUACCACUUCAGGACGUUUGAUGGGUAUUUUUUCCAACAUCCCUCGACUUGCAACUAUGUCCUUACAUCCCAGUGUAAGGCCAGCUACGAGACUUUCAACGUUCAGAUCAAGCGGCAGCAAGUAAAUGGGGUAACCACCAUCGAGAAAGUCACAAUGAAACUGAGUGGGACCGUGGUGGAAUUGGCCAACACUUCGACCAUAAUUAAUGAUAACUCUGUCUUCAUUCCAUACAGCAAGGCUGGCAUUGAGAUUGAGAAAAGUGGAACUUAUGUUAAACUUAAAGCAUCGCUGGGUCUCGUUUUAAUGUGGAAUCAAGCGUCCUCUCUCUGGGUGGAGCUGGAUGAAAAAUUCAAGAAUCAAACCUGUGGUCUGUGUGGAGACUUCAGUGGAGUACAGGUCAAUAAAGAGUUCGUCCAGUCAGGGGCACUAAAGAGUAAUAAAUAUGAUGCUGAGAAAUGGAAAGUUGAUGGUCCCACUAAAACCUGUGACGAGAUCGACACUCAAGUCACCCGCACUUGUGAAAAUCAGACGGACCUUUGUAAGAACCUCCUGACUGGACCUGCAUUUCUCAGCUGUCAAAACCUAAUAAAUACAGACUUAUUUAUUAAAGCCUGUAUGAAAGACAUGUGCAACUGUAACAGCAACAGCACUUCAUGCAUCUGUUCAACUGUGUCAGAGUAUUCCCGGCAGUGUGCUCAUGCAGGCGGGACACCACAACAGUGGAAGACCGCACAACUGUGUGGCAAACAAUGCCCUGUCAGUAUGGAAUAUAUGGAAUGUGGAAACCCUUGCAUUAACACCUGCAGAAAUCCCCGAAGAAGUCGGGCCUGUGAUGAGCACUGCAUAGAUGGAUGCUUCUGUCCAUCUGGGACGGUCUUUGAUGACAUUUCAAAAACCGGAUGCAUCACUAUUGACCAGUGCUCCUGCUCUCACCAUGGCCAUUCAUACGAACCUGGGGAAUCAUAUUUUAAGGCCUGUAGAAAUUGCACCUGUGUUAGUGGUAAGUGGAACUGUACGGAUGUGGACUGUCCUGGUAUCUGCUCUAUCCUGGGUGGAUCUCACAUCACCACCUAUGAUGAUAACUUAUAUACUUUCCACGGAGACUGCUCGUACGUUUUAUCCAAGGAUACUAAUGGGACCUUCAGUAUCCAUGGUGAUUUGGCCAAAUGUGACAAAUCAGAUAAAUCAUCUUGCCUGUCUGCUGUCACUCUACUAUACCUUAAGGAUCCGGUGAUUGAAAUUAAAGCCAAUGGAGAGGUCCUUCAAAAAACACAAUUGUUUAAGCUCCCUCUCCUCCUGGAUGACAUUACAAUCUUCAGUCCAUCUACAUUUUUCAUUGUGAUCCACACCACCUUUGGGAUUGAUGUUGAGAUUCAGCUCGUACCUCUUAUGCAAGUCUACAUCAAAGCCAAUGUUUCCAUGAAGGGAAAACUCAACGGUCUUUGUGGAGAUUUCAAUGAUGUUCAAAAUGAUGACCUCAGAACUACAAGUGGACUGACUGAGGGAACAGCUGUGACAUUUGCCAACACAUGGAAAGCCAAACCAAACUGCCCCGAUGUGAAACCCACAACUGAUGAUCCCUGCUCUUUAAGUAUUGACAGGGAGAAUUAUGCCAAACACUGGUGCACUCUUCUGUCAGACCCAAAAGGGAUUUUUUCAUCUUGCCACACUGAAAUAAACCCAGCAGAAUAUGAAAAAUUUUGUGUUUAUGACACUUGUGCCUGUGGAAAGAGUGAGGAAUGCAUGUGUGCUGCCCUAUCUGCCUACGUCCAUGCAUGUGCCGCUGAAGGUGUCUCACUGAAAGGAUGGAGGGAAACUGUAUGCCAGAAGUACACGACUGACUGCCCUUCUAAUUUUGUGUAUAAGUACAAGAUGACAAACUGUGGUCGUACCUGCCGCUCUCUUAGUCAGUCAGACUUAACAUGUGGGGUUAAUUUUACCCCGCUUGAUGGUUGUGGCUGUGCUCGUGGUACUUAUCUCAAUGAGAAUGAAAAGUGUGUACAAGCCUCACAAUGCCCUUGUUAUCUUGGAAAUGAACUGGUACAGUCCGGGACGAGCAUCACAGUCAACGGACAAACUUGCUCAUGCAAUAGUGGGACAUUAAGCUGCACAGGACAGCAGACAAAUGGAUCUUGUAACGAGCCAAAGGUUUUCUUCAACUGCUCAAAUGCAAAGCCAAGUGAGAAGGGAUUUGAAUGCCAACGCACCUGCCAGACACUGGGCACACAAUGUGUAAGUAAACAAUGUGUCUCCGGCUGCGUUUGUCCUGAUGGCUUGCUGUCAGAUGGUAAAGGAGGUUGUGUGAAAGAGGAAAACUGUCCUUGCCCACAUGAUGGAGAAUACCAUAAUCCUGGAGAAAAUAUAAAUGUGGGUUGCAAUAAAUGCACGUGCAAAAACAGAAAAUGGGAAUGCACAAAUAAUGAUUGUGGUGGAACCUGUACCGUAUAUGGAGAGGGCAAUUACAUCACCUUUGAUGACAAGAAAUAUGCCUUUAAAGGCGACUGUGGCUACAUUUUCGCCCAGGAUUACUGUGGAGAUGCUAUGAAUGGCACCUUCAAGGUCCAGACUGACCCCAUGGAUUGUGAUCAAACUGACAGCACCUGCUUUAAACCUAUCAAGCUCUUCUUGGGGAAUCAGGAAAUUGAUCUGUCAGCGGAAAAUGUCAAAGUUAAAAAGCAAAGCACAGGGAUAGACAUACCCUGGACUUAUCACAUUAUGGGUUCAUAUCUUGUCAUUGAAGCAAAGAAUGGUCUUGUUCUCAUUUGGAAUAAGAAAACAACACUCAAGAUCAUACUCAACUCCAAAUUCUAUGGUAAAGUCUGUGGUUUGUGUGGAAAUUUUGAUGGUAGUAUCAAGAAUGAUUUAACAACAAGAAAUAAUGAACUUGUGAUUAAUGCACUUGAGUUUGGAAAUAGCUGGAAAGUGAACCCUACCUGCCCGAGCGCCAACACAACAGAAACUCCCUGCAGUCUGUGCUCACACAGACAAUCAUGGGCAGAAAAACACUGCAGCAUUAUCAAAAGUCCAGUGUUUGCAGCAUGCCACUCUAAGGUGCCUUUCCAGAACUAUUAUGAUGACUGUGUGAGAGACACAUAUGCUUGCAAUCCUGGGGGAGAUUGUGAAUGUUUUUGCUCAAUCGUUGAAGCCUAUGCAGCGGCCUGUAAUGAAGCUAAAGCCUGUGUGAAAUGGAGAACUCCCAAAAUCUGCCCCAUAUUCUGUGAUUAUUACAAUCCUGAAGGAGAGUGUGAGUGGCAUUAUGCACCAUGUGGAAAACCAUGCCUGAAGACAUGUAGGAAUCCUUCUGGGACAUGCUACAAUAAACUUCCAGCCUUGGAAGGCUGCUAUCCAACUUGCCCUCCUGAAGAACCUUAUCUGGAUGAAGAUGCCAUGAAGUGUGUGGCGGAAUGUCCAUGCUAUGAUGAGGAAGGGACCCGUUACAAUGAAGGGGCUCCCAUGCCUUCAAAGGCAAACUGCCAAAACUGUGUAGAAAAGGAUGUCAGACCAUGUCAAUCUACAACUCCACCAAGUCUUUCAACUAUGACACAAAGUGCUGGCUCUACAUCACACAGUUGCUUGACAACCAACACAGUAUCUACUGUUAAGCCUCCGAAAGACUGUUUAUAUCUCAAUCCACCUAGAAAGAAUGGUGAGUCCUGGAAACCAGACAAGUGCAGCACAAAAACAUGUGUAGAUGGCAACGUUAUCGUAUCACAUGUACCUUGUGAUCCAAAGCCCACUCCUGUUUGUGAGAAUGGGUACCAACCAAUAAGGGUUUAUGAUGAAACAGGCUGCUGUUUUCAUGAGGAGUGUCGAUGUAUCUGCUCUGGCUGGAGAGAUCGUCAUUAUGUGACAUUUGAUGGUCUUUAUUACAGUUUUCAGAAAAACUGCACAUACGUCUUGAUCAAAGAGAUCAUUGCAAAGUACAAUUUUACAGUUCUUAUUGACAAUGAAAACUGUGAUGCCUCUGGAACUGUGACCUGUCCUAAAGCCUUGAUUGUGUAUUACAAAAACUAUGAAGUCAUUCUCACACAGAAAAAUAACCCAAAAGUGGAGAACAUAGUGUACAUAAAUGGAGAGCGGAAAAUUCCAAGCUACUCGAAUAAAGACCUCACCAUCACAAGCACAGGAAUUGAGCUUCUUUUAACGAUCCCAGAAAUUCAAGCUGUUGUGAUGUUUAAAGGACUUUCAUUCUACGUUGACUUACCAAUGUCACUUUUCUACAGCAACACAGAGGGACACUGUGGCACCUGUGACAAUAACACCAAAAAUGACUGCAGAUUGCCAAAUGGCAAGAUUCACCCAUCAUGCUCUGACAUGGCAUUUGAAUGGAAUGUAAAUUAUAAGAAUAAUUCAUAUUGCAAGAAACAGCCACCACCAACUACACCUCUACCUACACCUGCACCAACUUGCUAUCCUGAGAUGUGUGAAAUUCUUUACAGCGAGGUGUUUAAAGAGUGCAGAGAAAAGAUAUCACCGAAGCCGUAUUAUGAGGCCUGUAAAUUUGACAUUUGCCACAUGAAAAACGGUACCAUGGCUUGUCCCAGCUUGGCAGCGUAUGCCUCGAGAUGUGCAGAUGAAUCUAUUUGUGUAGCCUGGAGAAAUGCAACAAAUGGACAGUGUGACUAUCAAUGUCCGGGAAACCAAGUCUACAAGCCUUGUGGGUCGACUUUCCUACCAACUUGCAAUGCAAGAUCAAAUGAAAAGUAUACACAGGAAUGCCAAGGAGAAGACGGUGACAAGAUGGCAGUUUGCAAGGCAUCUAAGGAGGGAUGUUUCUGCCCAGAGGGAAUGACUUUGUUCAGUAAAACCUCUGACACCUGUGUCUCCAGCUGUUGUUUUGGACCUGAUGGCCAACCUAUACAGCCGGGUAAGAAGUGGAAGAUUGGUUGUCAAGAGUGUGCUUGCGAUGAAGAGACUGAAACUGUUGAGUGCCAGCCUCUCAUAUGCCCCACUGACAAACCAAUACAGUGCACCAAAGAAGGCGAGGUGCUUGAGAUUCAAACAAUUGACUGUUGUAACAGACAGACAUGUGUGUGUGAUAAGAAUCGCUGCUCAUCAAAGACGUGUGAAUUAGGAUUUGAGUUGAAGGUCCGUGUUUCAAAUGAAAGCUGUUGCCCUGUCUACAGCUGUGUACCCAAAGGGGUCUGUGUCUACAAUGACACUGAAUACAAGUCAGGUAAAUCUUUCUUCAAAAGUCCAUGUGAGCCCUGCAAAUGCACUGAAAACCAAGAUCCCAGCACCAAGCUCAACACCUACAAGUGUGAGCAGAAACAGUGCAACAAGUCAUGUGAAGAGGGAACCGAGAAAAGUGACAUGAAUGGAACCUGUACUCCACGUCGCUGUCAGCUAAACAAGAACACCACAUACCUGAAGACAGAGAACUGCACCUCAACUGUGCCGGUGGAGCUGACAACCUGUGAGGGAUCCUGUGGAGCCUCCUGGUCAAUGUACUCAGCAAAGGCAAACAGUUUGAUGCAUUCGUGUACCUGCUGUCAAGAAAUGGCCACCAGCCAGAAGGAAGUGGAGAUGAGUUGCUCUGAUGGCAAAAACAUCAAACACACCUACAUUUCAAUAGACAAGUGUGGGUGUCAACUUGCUGAAUGUAAAGAGCUCACCAAACAUUAAUGCAGAACAUGUCAAAGGUAGAAUUAAAAUUAACAUGUCAUGCUGAAAGCUAAUUAUUCUUUUCAUAACUUCUUAAAACUUUGCAUUUCAAGACCAACAAAGACACACUCAUCUGUAUUAAGCAGAUCCAAAUGUUUAAAACUUGUCAAACAACUGUACUUUGCUGGUCAGAAAUGUCCUUAAAUAGUUAAACUGGUUAUUUGGGCUUUUACUAUACCUGUCAACACUUUUUGUGUACUGUCUGUGUGACAGUAAUCACUAUAAUGUGAUGUUUCAAACUUCUCUCUUUAAUGCCAUUAAAGCUUAUAUUCAUGAUCA